AUGUCCUGCUCCGAUUCAUCGGAGGACGUGGACGAUCUAGAGAGGGAGUUGCUCUACUAUCCUUUGCAAAAGUAUCGUACUCCUACUCGUCGUACAAAUGCCAGUCUUGCAACAUGACAGAUCUACUUGUUGUCGUUUGAGCUUGUUGAGGCCUGACUCUGCAUGCAAAUUGCACGCUUUGCUUCUGCAAAAAAUUGUCAUUUUAUUUCUACGUAAAACGAUAUCGAUACCUCUGCAAUGCAUAUCUGCAACGAGGCUGCAACUUUCUCCGAUUUUGAGGACCUGUUUUCCGUAUCUUCCAGUGGCAGUUCCUCGUCUACUUCCCUGGGCAGAGGCAAUGAUCGCAGCGUUUUGAUGCCGCGGCCCGAGAUGGGAAACCACGCAACCAAGAGAUGUUUGGCAAGGACAAGUACUAGAAGAGACGGAAAGAAAAGGAGCCGCGCCCCUGGUUGUAAAAAUGAAAAGGACAGCUCCUGCA